AAAAAAAAAGUUGAGCGUGAUUUCUAAAAGAAAAGAGGGGAAUUAAGCCUGCAGUAAUGAAUGCCUGGACCGUCACAGUUGCCAGCCAAGGUCAGAUAAAGUGAGAAGUAAAUGCUUAGAGAGCUAAGGGAGCAGAGGCCAACUGUGUGGAGGAGGUGUGAAGGAGUGAGUGACCAAGCGUGAGCACCACCUCCUCUCUACCCAUCAUUAAAUGGAGCCACUUAAAGGGGAAAAAGAAGGUUUGCUCAAAAAGUCAAUACAUGGCACUUCAGCAAAGCCCUGAUGGUUUUAUUUAGCCAUCUGGAGCAGAGUUUUAGUUUCUGACGGAGAAAAAUGUGGUGAAUAUAUGUGUCUGAAGACACUUAACUGAAUCCAGCACUUUUGCUCACGAGCUAAAUUGCUUAAUCUAUCACGUUGCCGCCAGCAAACAGAUUCCAAAAGAUAAACGGAGAAGCAAUAAAUGGUGUCGUCAUGUAGUCAGAGGGUCUGAUUAUGUAGCUGUUUUAUCAUCAUUUUUAACCUCGCGGUGGUUAAAUUACACUUCUUUUACCCCCUGCCCUCCUGCCUUUCUUCUUUUUUCUGCCUCGUCUCACACUCAACCCAAGCACACAAACACGGUUUAUUAUGCAGUAACGUUACCAGAUCCCCUCAGGCAGCUGUGCAUCUUUGUAUGACUGAUGAGGGUAAUUUCUCCCAAACAACAGAAUGAUCACUUUGCUGUUGAGCACUACAGACCAUCCCUCUUCUCCCUCUCUUUCCUCUUGACUGUCAACGACGAGGCUAACGAAAUGAAGACAUUCUUUGCCACGAACGUCUCCUGCAGCGUCUUGGAUGGUCUCAGAUAUCUCAAGAGCGUUAAUUAAAGAAUCCAAUUUAAUGUAAAGUCCCGUCUUUCAUGCACGCAACUGUUGUACUGAUUCUCCGAGGAUUAUUUCAAUUUAAUCACUCCUAAUGCCAGAUUUUCUUCCAUUUCACUUUUCACUUUGCCACUUGCAGUUAAGAGUAACGGGAGUUUCCUUAUUUUUUUCUUUGAUUACCACUGGGAUCCAAUAUAAUACACAUGCCACAAUGAAUUAACUUCACAGUAGGAAGUGAGCCAGGCUAAAGUGAGUUCAUUCUGUCUGUGUUUUACUGUGCACUAUGGGAUAUACAACAGAGUAGUUAGAACUUGUCUGCCUCUCUCUCUCGGCCUCAUAGGUUCAGCCUCAGUGGGCUGUCUUUACCUAUUCUCCCAUCUGUCACUCACGCACAAAAACAAAUCCACCUGUCGGCCAGGAGGCUGGACGGAACGCCACGGUUCUACAGCUGUCUGGGCUUGACUUUGUGCGCAAUGGAGCAAGUCAGCGCCCUCCACUGGUGAUCCAAAGCCCAUUAAGAAGGUUAUUACCACACCUGUCAGCCAUAUCUCCUCACCUGCUGGAUGUGGCAGGCUAAUGAAGACAGUCACUACUAAGUCUUCAAGCCUCUGUGCUUCUCGUGGUCCCUGUGAUUCUUGAUCACAAAGCUUUCUAACAAUCUAAAAAACAUCGUCUUUUAAUUAAGCCAUUAAUGCUACAUUAUGUAAAGUCAGAUUGUAAUAAACAUCCAACAGGAAACGGCUGAGAACCACACAGUCCAAUGCCACGGUGCCGACUUUCAGACGCUCGGUGAAGGAUGUUUUCAAUUACAACAGAGCUAAUUUAAUUCAUCGUUUCCUAGCUGAAAAUGCAUUCUUAAAGGUUGACUGAGUAUCCAUUUCCAAAACUCAAGUUUAAUCAGUCAUGAACAUUGAACAGUGGAACGUCCUCUAACCAAAUUGACAAAGUUGCCGGGGAUCUGUGUUCUAGGAUUUAAAGAGACACCGUAGCCUCACCCUGUGCUGGUUUUCCAAUAACAGGCUUCGUUUGUAGAGAGGAGGCUGUUCAUCUGAGAGGCGAGAAGACCUGUGCCUUUAAGAGGGCCGUCUCCUCUCUCCCUCAUGCUCCCUCUCAACCACACAGACACUCCUCCUGUGAGCAUUUGUGAGGCAGCUUCUGUCCCUUAUGUCUCUUUGUGAGGAACAGAACAGACUUUCCAGAGCAUCACUGGAGACAAGACAGAGCUCAGGGGAGGAAACACCAGGUGCAGACUUCAGAGGGAGCCUGACCUCAAGAUCAGGGACGCAAAGAUGAGCACAAGGGAAGGAGACGCAAACCUUCUCAAGGUGGAGUACUACACAUAAGAAGUGGACGCUAACAGAUGGACAACACCAAGAGGUCAAGUUGAAGUUGAACGCUACAUAAUCGGAAGAUCAAAAUUAACAACACCGAACUGGACCGCUCGGAAAAAAAGGUGGAGUUUUAUUUUCAGCUCUUAAGAGCGUCAGCAGAAAAAAGUUUUGUCAAAAGGAUAAAGUAUGCCAUAUGUGCUGCAGUUACUGAGUUAAAAGAACUAUUUGAAAUUCACAGACAAUGAAAUGACAGAUGAUACGUUAGGAUAAUAUUUUCAUUGCUAUCUGUCUUCAGAGCAGUUUCUGAAUAUUCAUUUUUCUGUGUGAAAAUCUUCAAUGUCCCCACGGGGCUCUUUAUUCACGAGCUUGGCGUUUAUCUAAUUUCUCCAGUUCUUUCUGUGAGGCAGCAUUAAAGAAUUCAUUGAUAAUGCUCUAAUGCUCUGAGGAAGAAGUGGCUUCAAUUUUUAUGUGAACUAAAGAAACUUUACAGCUGCAGCUGGAGGGACAGAAUGUGCUACGUAUAAGAAUAUCAUGCUCGUCCAAGUGUGCCUGGACUGACACCCCAAAGGAACACUGAGAAGAGCAACUAUGUUUACAGGCUGUGGAGUGGUCACUGGCCAGAACCAGUACUUGACCAGAGACACGGCCGAAGCCCACCCAGGACUGGGGUUAGACAGACCAAUCCAAAUGGAGAACGGAGUAAGUCCUGGAUCCUGCACAGUUUACCACGGUCAAAGUUACAGCAGUGUGGGGCAGCCCGCUGUGGUAAACGUUUCCAGCUUAAUAACACCAACGCCUCAGCCAGUUCCUCCCCCAGCAAUAAAACUAGGACAGGAUGGUUUUAAGAAAGUGUGCCGAACUGAAGAGGACAGUCCGUCUCCCUUUCCUGGACUGACUUCUGGGGUGCUGGAGAUGCGGGUGAAGGAGGGAAGUAAAAUCCGCAAUUUAAUGGGAUUCGCCAUGGCACGUAUGCAGGGAGAGAAAUGUGUAAGUGGGGAAGGUGUUAGCAGUGGAGGGGGUGGACUGAGGCAGGUGGUCUUCAGCGGAUCAGGUCGAGCAGUCACAAAGACCAUCACCUGCGCUGAAAUCAUGAAACGAAAAGUGGGCUCCCUGCACCAGAUUACCAAACUUCGCUACAAGGUGGUGACGGAGGUGUGGGAGAGCACGGAAGGGGGGCAACCUGACAUGACCGUGCACAGGACCGUGCCCUCCAUCAGCAUCCUCCUGUCCAAAGACCCGCUGGAUCCACAGGAACCAGGCUAUCAACCGCCAGAGACUCUCAGUGCAUUGUGGGAGGAAAGAGAGGGCGCUGAAUCAGCUCCACAGACAGCAUGCAAGAGACCUCUUAGACCUUCAUCAUACAGUGGUUACACUCAGUGUAAGAGAAUGUGUUUGGGGGAGGGAGUCUCCGUUUCCUCUCCUCAGUGACUGGCUAACCCAGUGUCAAACAGAGGAGAAGAUUGAAUCAGAGUUCAUUUGGAGCUGCCCUCUGCUCAAGCACAAUGCUGAGACAAUCAGAACACUCACUCAGACAGAACAGUGCUUUUUCACAAGAACUGAACACAAAUUCCAGCCUCCAGAGGUCAGUGUGUCUGGGCCCUGAAAAAACUUGUGCAUUUAGCAUUUUAAGGAUCGCUUUCUGGGCACAUUUACGUCACAACAACAGCAAUGAUCAGCAAUGAUGUGUUUUUCCUGUAAAAUUACAGAUUUCUUACAUAAUUAUAUAUAUAUAUAUACAUACAAAAAAAGGAUCCAUGAAUUACUUGAGUUCCAGGUGUCAUUUAAGUAUGAGAUGCCAAUGGAUAAAAUCACGUAUUAUUAUGUGAUGAUGAUGAUGUCACAACCGCCCCUUUUUUGCCUUUUUCUAAAAUUCACAACAAAGCAACAAACCGUUAACAACACACUGACAAAAGCAAGCCGUACCAGGUUUAGGGUCAGAUUAAUUCCCGUCAAAAGAAAAUGGAAAUAAAUGUUUGUUUGUUUGUUUUUCCUAUGCAAAUCUUGUUUUGUAUUCUGUCAGUUUUUGCUCACUUUUAUUGAACAUGAAAGGCUGAGAUUGAAAAGAAAAUCAAAGUGUGCUGAUCUGCUGAUAAAAAUAACAGCGGUGAAAUUUGUCAGGAGAAAAAAAAAAAACAGAUUUAAUGACAAAGCUGUUGAUAAGACACAGCUCCUAAACCAACUCUGCCGCACAUAAAUGCCUGGAGCAGAAAUACAAGCAAAGAUUAUCAUUAAGAUAACAACCCAACAUCACACAACACUGUGGAGAGAAGGAUUAAAAGUAGGCUAGACAGAGCGUCGCACACAAACACUGUCUCUGCAAAGUAUGGAAUUGCGGGGAUGGAGUCGACUUCAUGGGUACAUGUCUACUGUGUGGUACAUCCAGCUUCUUCCCACACUCACUGGUGCGCUUUACUCAUUUACACCACUUCUGAGAAAAAAUUAUAUUCUGAACAAUGUGAUCUAUAAAGACACUGCUUUUUUUUCCCACUGAAAUCCACAUUUUAAACUACUUGACAGACGUGUAUUUAAAGGCUGCAGCCUCACCGGCUGACAUUUCUUAAUGCACCGCUUCUCUGCAUUUCCAGUUCCAGUUUAGAUAACCGUAUUGAAGCUGCAAAAAUGAAACCUCCAAGUAAUUACUGGAGCUUAACUGAAGGCUACAGGCAUAUGUAGCAUACGGCUUAAAGUCUACGCAGAGAAAAGUGAAGUGAUGGAAACCAUUUUGAUUUUAAUUCAAGAAAUUAAUAAAUUCUAACAAUUCUUUUCGUCUUUGUCCUAAAAUGUUUCGGAGAUUUCUUGUUCCCAAACACUCGAGACCUUUUCCCUCUUAAUGUUGUCUUCUGGGUGCUUAAUAACUUAAGACAAUGGGAACUUAGUUUGACGCAUUAACUGCUGAUCUUAAUGAAAAUCUGCAAACCUAGAUAACUGCUCCCAGAAGUCAAUUAAUCAGAGCGACUGCUAACUGGAGGGACAAUUCUAUUAAUGUACAAAGGCAGAAAAAUAAAGACAAUUUAACCAUGUCAUUUAGGUAAAAGUCCUUUUAGAGGUACACUGAUUGUAACAUUUCAUACAGCGAUCAGCCAAAACUUUAUGCGUCAGCCGCAGACAUUGUGAUUAACCUCCCUUCUCAAUCCCAUUAAAUGAAUCAGAGCACAGCAGAGCACCCAAGGUUGAAUAAGAAACGCUGCCACUGCAGUACAGCACACACAUAUGUGGCAAAGUGUGUGUCCUCGAGACCGCUGGAAGGUUAUCACUUCA